CGAAGAGUAAGAAUGGUUUCUAAUAAUUUCUUCGCUCCCUUUCUUCUUCUUCUCUCCUUCUUUGAAUUUUGAUUUUGGUUGAAUGGAGAUAUCAGAGAGAGUUCGAGCUCGAUUAGCUGUUCUCUCAGGUCAUUUAUCGGAAGGAAAACAGGAUUCUCCAGCGAUCGAGCGAUGGUGCACGUCGGCGGAUACGAGUGUCGCACCGCUUGGAUCUUUGAAGGGAACACUGACGAUCGUCGACGAACGCACCGGAAAAAAUUAUAAAGUUCCGGUCUCAGAUGAUGGUACCGUUAAAGCCGUUGAUUUCAAAAAGAUAGUGACGGGGAAGGAAGACAAGGGGCUUAAGUUAUACGAUCCAGGUUACUUGAACACGGCUCCUGUUCGAUCUUCGAUUUCUUACAUCGAUGGAGAUGAAGGGAUCCUUCGUUACCGUGGCUACCCAAUUGAGGAAAUGGCUGAGAACAGUACUUUUCUGGAGGUGGCUUAUCUUCUCAUGUAUGGGAAUCUGCCCUCUGAAAGUCAGCUAUCUGAUUGGGAGUUUGCAGUUUCUCAGCAUUCAGCUGUGCCACAAGGUGUAUUAGAUAUUAUACAGUCUAUGCCUCAUGAUGCACACCCAAUGGGAGUUCUUGUGAGUGCAAUGAGUGCGCUUUCCAUCUUUCAUCCUGAUGCUAAUCCUGCUCUUAGGGGCCAGGAUAUUUACGAUUCAAAACAAGUUAGAGAUAAACAAAUUAUCCGCAUUAUUGGAAAGGCACCAACAAUUGCAGCAGCUGCUUAUCUGAGGAUGGCAGGAAGGCCUCCUGUUCUUCCUUCAGGAAACCUUCCUUAUGCAGAUAAUUUCCUCUAUAUGCUUGAUUCCCUGGGAAAUAGAUCCUACAAACCUAAUCCUCGGCUGGCUCGGGUGUUGGACAUCCUCUUCAUACUGCAUGCAGAGCAUGAAAUGAACUGCUCCACCGCUGCUGCUCGGCAUCUUGCCUCUAGCGGUGUUGAUGUCUACACUGCUGUUGCUGGAGCUGUGGGAGCGCUUUAUGGUCCACUUCAUGGUGGUGCAAACGAGGCUGUGCUUAAGAUGUUGUCAGAGAUUGGGACUGUUGAAAAUAUUCCAGAGUUCAUUGAGGGUGUGAAGAACAGGAAGAGGAAGAUGUCUGGUUUUGGACACCGUGUGUACAAAAACUAUGACCCUCGAGCUAAAGUCAUCAAGAACCUGGCUGAUGAAGUAUUUUCCAUUGUUGGAAAGGAUCCUCUAAUUGAGGUUGCUGUUGCACUUGAGAAGGCAGCUCUCUCUGACGAUUACUUUGUUAAGAGAAAGCUGUAUCCAAAUGUUGACUUCUACUCUGGAUUAAUAUACAGGGCAAUGGGAUUUCCACCGGAGUUCUUCACGGUCUUAUUCGCGAUUCCUCGCAUGGCUGGAUACUUGUCACAUUGGAAAGAGUCACUGGAUGAUCCUGACACCAAGAUCAUGAGACCACAACAGGUGUACACAGGCGUGUGGCUGAGGCAUUACACACCAGUGAGAGAGAGAAUAGUGACGGAUGACUCGAAAGAGUCAGACAAAUUGGGUCAAGUCGCGACUUCAAAUGCAUCAAGAAGACGUUUGGCUGGAUCUUCAGUUUAGACGUAGGCCCUUUUAGGGUCCAUACUAUACAUCAAACCACACCGCAAAGAAUAAAAGAGAUUGGUUUCUCUAGCCUAAAGCUAAGAUACUUGAUCAUACUCGAAACUUAGAUUUCUCAUUUUGUAGGCACAAUAUAGACUUGAUCUAUAUUUGCUUCAAUCCAUCUUCUAAGGGUGUUUGUCCGCCUUGUUUGUCUUCUUAUCAGAACGUGUUUAUUGUAUAAAAUGAUUUAUGGUUAUGGAUUAUUACUCUAAUUUCUAUAUCGAAUGCUUCUGCAGAGACGUUUGUUGU